AUGUUCUCUACACCCUGGAUCUGUGCAAGAUGCUUGCGCAGCCUCUCAAAAGCUCGCCAGCCUAUAACAUGGCGAAGAUGGCAGUCCACAAUAACCUCCAUAACCGAUAGCGUAUCUCCCGCUCUCCUCACUCGAGCGCGCGCCAUUGCGAGCGAACAUGCCACUCUCACCGAACGAUUAGCGAGCGAGUAUGACGCCCGCGCAGCGAAGCGCUUAGGCGAGCUGUCCUCUACGACGGCGGCGUUGAAGGAGUAUGAUAAAGCUGUCGGUUCGCUGAAAGAGCUACAUUCCCUCCUCCGCUCCCCGGACAAAGAGCUCCAGGAACUGGCACAAGACGAUGUUGAGUCUACGGAACAACUCAUUGAGCACGCCUCCAACGCUCUGAGAUCGAGCCUUGUGCCCGUACAUCCUUUCGCGCAUCUGCCAUGUCUGAUCGAGAUCCGCCCCGGCGCCGGCGGCGACGAAGCAGGACUAUUCGCCGGGGAUUUGCUGCGGAUGUAUGAGGGUUUCUGCGCGCGCGAGAGGUUGAAGAGCACGGUGAUGAAGCUCGAGACUGCGGACUAUAGUUCUGGGAACGCGGGGGCAGGGGGAGCGCUGCAUGUGCAAGAAGCUAUACUCGAGGUGGAGACGCCGGGGGCGUAUGGGGUAUUGCGGUGUGAAGCGGGCGUGCAUCGCGUGCAACGCGUGCCGGCUACGGAGAGCAAAGGGCGUACGCACACGAGUGCCGCCAGCGUGCUCGUUCUACCGAGUCUAGGGACUGAGAUGGGUGCCGAGGAGGCGGAGGAGAGCGACGCAUAUGUUGAUCCCAAGGAUGUACGAACAGACGUCCUUCGUGCGUCGGGAGCAGGCGGCCAACACGUCAACAAGACCGAAUCCGCCGUCCGCCUCACCCACACCCCGACCGGCAUCGUCGUCAACAUGCAAGAACAGCGCUCCCAGCUCAAAAACCGCGAGAAAGCCUGGCAAAUCCUCCGCUCGCGGAUUGCGCAGCAGCGACGCGAGGAAAGGGAGGAGGAAGAGGCGAAGCUGCGCAAAGUGGCCGGGGCAGGCAAGGCGGGGAGGGAGAAUAAGGUGCGGACGUAUAAUUGGAAUCAGCAGCGGGUGAGCGAUCAUCGGAGUGGGCUCGAUGUGAGGAAUUUGGGGGAGGUGAUGGAGGGGGGUGAGGCGUUGGGGAGGGUUAUGGAGAGUGUGAGGGGCUGGAUGGUUGAGAGGGAGAUUGAGGCGAUGGGGGCGGAGGCGGAGGGGGAGGGCGAAGGGAGGGCGAAGAGUUGA